AUGGGGCCCCCGCUGCUGCUCGCCUGCCUGCUCGCCCCGCUCUGCGCCAGGGAUGCCAGCGCAGCCCUGGGCAGCCCCCCUGGCUGGCGGCACCAUGAGGGGUCCCGGCGGGUAAAGAGGGCCUGGGUGAUCCCCCCCAUCAGCAUCUCCGAGAACCACAAACGCAUCCCACACCUCCUGGUGCAGAUAAAGUCAGACAAGCAGCAGCCCGGGGGGGUGAUCUACAGCAUCAAGGGGCCGGGGGUGGAUGAGGAGCCCCUGGGCAUCUUCUCCAUCGACAAGUUCAGUGGCAAAGUGUUCCUCAACGCCACGCUGGACCGCGAGCAGAACGACCGGUUCCGGCUGAAGGCCUUCGCGCUGGACCUGGGGGGCACAACGCUGGAGGACCCCACGGACCUGGAGAUCAUCGUGGUGGACCAGAACGACAACCGGCCGCUGUUCCGCCACGACGUCUUCACCGGGCGCGUGGUGGAGGGGGCUGCGCCAGGGACCUGCGUGCUGACGGUGGAGGCCACUGAUGCCGACGACCCCGAGACGGACAACGCGGCGCUGCGGUUCUCCAUCCUGGAGCAGGGCCAUGGGGAAAUGUUCAGCAUCAACGCCUCCAGUGGGGAGAUCUGCACCGCGAAGGACGGCCUGGACCGUGAGGCCGUGGGGGUGUACAACCUGACCCUCCAGGCAGCUGACAUGUCCGGGGAUGGGCUGACCACCACCGCCACCGCCGUCAUCUACCUGGAGGACAUCAACGACAACGCUCCCGAGUUCACCAAGGAGGAGUUCUCCAUGGAGGUGGAGGAGCAGGCGGUGGGUGUGGAGGUGGGCCGAGUGCUGGUGCACGAUAAGGACCUGGCCGGAUCUGCCAACUGGGCGGCCAAGUUCACCAUCCUGGAGGGCGACCCCGAGGGGGCGUUUGCCAUCCGCACCGACCCCCACACCAACGACGGCGUGCUGUCCGUGGCCAAGCCGCUGGACCACGAGGUGCGGGACCGCUUCCAGCUGACGGUGUCGGUGCAGAACCAGCGGCCGCUGGAGGCGGGGGUCGCGAGCAGCCCGCGGGCGGUGGCCACGGUGCGGGUGCGGGUGCGGGACGUCAACGAGGCGCCCGUCUUCCGCGAGAACCCGCGGCGCGUCAGCGUGCUGGAAGGGACCCCCCCGGGCACCGCCGUCACCACCUACACCGCCAGCGACCCCGACACGCGCCGCCUGCAGACCCUGACCUACGCGCUGUUGUACGACCCUGCGGGAUGGCUGCAGCUCGACCCGCGCUCCGGCACCGUGCGGACCCAGCGGGAGCUGCGGGACCCGUCCGCCUUCCUGCAGGGCGGUUGGUACAUCGCGCUGCUGCUCGCCCGCGAUGACGCCCACCCGCCUGUUUGGGCCACGGCCACGCUGUCCAUUGAGAUCGUGGAGGUGAACGCCCACGCUCCGCAGCUGCAGCCGCCGUCGGGGGCGGUGUGCGGGCGGCCGGGCCGGGGGGGGACCCUUCUGCUGGGGGCCAACGACCGGGACCGGCCCCCCCACGGAGCGCCCUUCCACUUCCAGCUCAGCCCCCAGCACCCGCAGCUCGCCCGCAACUGGAGCGUCACCCGCUUCAACGUGACGCACGCGGUGCUGGCCGUGCUGGCAGAGUUGCCCGCCGGGCCCUACUCGCUGCCGCUGCUACUGCGGGACUCCGGCACCCCCCCCCGGGAGCAGCAGCAGCUGCUCAACGUCUCCGUGUGUCCCUGCGGCCGCGACGGGCUCUGCGAUGACGGGGUCCUGGCGGCCGCCACAGCCGGUGUCGGGGUCGCCCUGGAGGCUCUCGUGAUCAUCGUCGGCAGCGCCGUCCUCCUUCUCAUGUUGGUUCUGCUGGGGGCCGCGCAGGUCCGGAGCCGCCGCCGGGCGCAGCGGCGGGGUUUGCUGCAGCGCUGGGGGGACGACGUACGGGACAACGUGCUCAACUACGACGAGCAGGGAGGCGGCGAGGAGGACCAGGACGCCUACGAUCUGACCCAGCUGCGGCACCCCCCGCCCCACGGCCGCCCCCCACUCCGCAGAGACGCCCCCCUGCGCUCCGCCACCCCCCCCGGCUCCUCCCGGCGCCCGCCCCGCGGCCCCUCCGACAUCGAGGAUUUCAUCAACGAGGGCUUGGAGGCGGCUGACAGCGAUCCCAGCGUUCCCCCCUACGACACCGCGCUCAUUUACGACUACGAGGGCUCGGGCUCGGCGGGCAGCGCGCUCAGCUCCAUCGUCUCCAGCCUGACGGACGGGGAUCAGGACUACGAUUACCUGCGGGAGUGGGGGCCGCGCUUCCGCCGCCUGGCCGACCUCUACGGGCCGUGA